ACCAGCCCCACAAUCCACAGACAUCGAUGUCUUGCUGUCAGCCUAUCUCCGUCACUUGAUAAUCAUCAAUGGCGGUAGUGAGUGAGUGAUCUGUUUAGCACCCUAACCUUCCAUCUGCCGCUGGUUACUAUCUUCCUUGAACUCUACGUUUCGUUCUCUCCCUCCAUCUCUUCUCUGCUUCAGCCGAAUUUUAAUUUCACGGAGGGGAGACGCUGAAGAAUAAUCUCACUAGCGAACCCAACCAGAGAAGAAGAAAAGCCAGCCACCAAGCAACAAUGGCUGAAGCUUCGUGGCCCAGUGAAGCUGAGGUGAAUGAAAUGAGAAAUCUGGUUUCUUCAAUGGCUGGGAGAGACCCUGGUGAAGUUAGGAUUGUGGCGUCUCCUUAUCGUAUCUGUCCCCUGGGUGCUCAUAUUGAUCAUCAAGGUGGAGCUGUUUCAGCUAUGACGAUUAAUCGAGGCAUAUUGCUGGGUUUUAUUCCCGCAGAUGAUGCAAAGGUUGUGUUGCGUUCAGGACAAUUUGAGGGAGAAGUUCAUUUCAGCAUAAGCGAUGUUCAGCAUCCUGUGCACGGCAGCAAGAAGGAUGUGAAUCACACAACUGACUCCCCAAACCGAAAGGAAGAAGAUAGUCGAUGGGGAAAAUUCGCAAGGGGAGCUGUCUUUGCUUUGCAGAAGAUGGGACACUCUCUUGAUAGGGGAAUCACUGGAUACAUAUGUGGUUCUGAGGGCCUUGACUGUGCAGGGCUCAGCUCUUCAGCUGCUGCUGGAGUUGCUUAUCUGCUGGCUUUUGAAAGUGCGAACAACUUAACCAUGUCAGAAGUGGAAAAUAUUGAACUUGACAGGUUGAUUGAGAAUGAAUAUUUGGGUCUGAGAAAUGGCAUAUUGGAUCAAUCAGCAAUAUUGCUUUCAAGUCAUGGUUGCUUAACUUACAUGAACUGCAAGACCAAAGAGCACGAGCUUGUACAGCUUCUGGAAUGGACAAAGUGGAGCCACUCCUGGGCAACGGCAAUUGAAUUCAAGGCAUAUGAAAUGCACAAGGAUAAAUUGGACGCCGAUCUAGCCAAACGAGCAGAACAUUUCUUCUCGGAGAAUAUGCGGGUAAAGAAAGGGCUUGAAGCUUGGACUUCUGGAAACUUGGAAGAAUUCGGCAGGCUUAUUUCGGCCUCCGGUUUAAGCUCCAUUAAGAACUAUGAAUGCGGUUGCGAGCCACUGAUACAACUGUACGAGAUUCUGGUGAAGACACCAGGAGUGUACGGAGCCAGGUUCAGCGGGGCCGGCUUCAGAGGAUGCUGCAUUGCCCUCGUCAGCGCUGAUGUGGCCGACGAAGCUGCUGCUCUUGUGAGAGCCGAGUACGCCAAGGCACAGCCCGAGCUGGCCGCCACGCUCCACCCAGAUGCCGCAGCUUUGAUAUGUGAACCUGCAGACUCUGCUCGUCUCAUCUCGCCUCUGCUGUAAAAAAAAAAUUGCUCUCGUUCGUCGAUCUGAUCAGCCAUCCCAUUGCGAACGAAUCAUCGCGAGUAGUGGACAUUGAUCCGACUGCUUCGACUUUGAACGAUGCUGCAUACGUACUACCAACAUUCAUUAUUCUUAGCCUUCCUACAAAGGUUCAUCAUUGGAUUCGAUUCUUUCAGAGGGUUAAACGAUACACAUUACUAUUUGUUUGUUUAAUUUUUGCUGGGUGUACUGUUCGAUCACGUGUUAAAUGUGAAAUAAGAGAUGAUGAGCUGGAU